AUGGGUCCUGAGGCAGAAAAGAUUCUGUCUACCUUUGGUCUCUCACAGGAUGACAGCAAUGUUUUCAACACAGUUCUGACAAUGUUUGAUGGGUAUUUCAGCCCAAAACGAAAUGUAAUUCAUGAGAGAGCUCAGUUCCACAAACGUUGUAAGAAAGAAACAGAGACCAUAGAAGAAUACGUCAGAAGUUUAUACGAACUCUCUGAGCAUACAGCUUUCCCAGAUAAGGACAAUAUGAUUAGGGAUCGGCUAGUCCUGGGUAUUACUGACAAAAAAUUGUCGGAGAAACUUCAGUUAGAGCCUUAUUUAACCCUUGAGAAAGCUAUCACUAUGACAAGACAAACAGAAAGAGUAAAGGCCCAAAUCAAAGAGCAAAGAUUGCCAAAUGUCGAUGCCGUUCAAUCCUUUGGAUCGAGAACCCUCAAACAUGGGAGUGUGCAUGGGGGACCACGCAGAGGAUCCGCUCUGCGCGGACGCGGAGGAAGCAGUGACCAGCAAGACGUGCGCAAUUGCCAGUACUGUGGGGGAUCCCACGGCAGACAACAAUGUCCGGCAUAUGGGAAAACAUGUAGAGAAUGCUCCAAGAAGAAUCACUUUGCCAAAAUGUGCCACACAAGAAAGAAAAUCAACGAAGUAAAAGUGGAAGAUGAAGAAGAGGAAGAAGCAUACCUACUGUCAAUAGAAACUAAAAGUAAUGGAAAACAAAGGUAG